AGCAACUGCCUGAAGGAAAAUCUAGGUUCAGGAAAUGUUUAUGUUUUUGCCUCUGGACACCUGUUCCAGGAAACAGAAUUAUUUGGAUCUUGCAAAGGGAAACUUUGUUCUCAGGGAACAUCACAUGAUAUUAUAUACAAAUUCAACAAAGCAGAUUUUAAUCAUGCAAAGCAGUUUCAAAAGAAACCAAUUUCCGAAUCUCUGAUUUGCUAGUUUUUGGAAACAUCACAAACAAUGCAAACAUAAUACAUUCAGUAUAUAGUGUAUUUGAUGAACAAAUUCAUCAUUAGUCCCUGUUAUGCGUUAUGAUUUCUUUUAUACUGUUACACUUCUGCGGCAUCGUAUGAUACACCAGUAAUGAAUUAAACUUUUUCUAAUCUCUAUGAGUACUUUGAGGUCCUAUGCUUUAAAUCUACUAUUGACUGACUGAAGUGAAAUUAUGCAUGUGAAAUUAGUGGAUUACCUUCAUUUUUAAUAGGAAACCAUGAGGUGAAGCAUUGUAAGAGUGUCCUAGGAAGGGCAUGUAUUGCACAGACUGCACAAAAGUUAAACUACGUUCAGAGGUUGUUUGGUUUUAUUACAGUUUCCAGUAAAAACCUUAGCAAAUAAGGGUUGUAACACAAAACAAAGUAACUGAGGGCCUUGCAGGAUUGGUAGAAAUCAUUUUGCCGAAUAUGUAUUUGCAUGCUUUAAAAGCCAUAAUAAAUAUUAAUGAUUUAAAUAUCCUACAGUUAUUCUUACAUGUUAGUUAUCUUUGUUAGUUUACCUACACCUAAAAAAGAAAAUAGAAUAAGAGAAAUUCCACAGUCUGGUAAUUCUUAGAUAUUUGUUCAAAAGAAUAGAAAUAGAGAAAACCUAAAAGGACAAAUACACAUUUUCUAAUACGAAAAGAAAUUUUAACUUAAUAAGCAAAAUUCCUGUAUUCAUGCAGGUCUGUUAUUGCAGAAAAGGUGAAUCUUUUACAGAUCAUCUGCUUGAUCAUGCUGUCAUGUGAAGCUCAUGCACCUGAGCUGUGUUAGUCACAAGGUUGGAAACAAAGGUCACAAAAUGUUCAAUCUGCCUGUCACAAAUAUUCAAGAUGCUGAAAACACCAGAUGUCCUCCUGCUCUUCUGCCUUGUUGGGGCAGCUGAGACCCUCUACAAACAGUGGAUUCCUGAUGCCAACUACGAGAAUAAAACCAACUGGGACAAAGGAGCUGUUCCAUGUGGCAGUGAUACAGUUCAGUUUUCAGCGCAAAGAAAAGUGUCUGUGUUUGUGGAGUCCACACAUGCUGUGCGGGAGAUAAGGUUGCCAGUUGACGGAGAGUUCAUCCUCAAUUCAGGAGCUGGGUUUUAUGUUGUCAGUGGACAAGACCCAGACUGUGGAGCAGGUGUCACAGCCCAGUUCAAAGAUCCAGCGUCUCUCCAGUGGUUUAAUCCAGCUCUGUGGCAGGCAGCUGCAACUCUGAAUGACCUGCACGAUGAAAACUUCCUGUUCUCGGUCCAUGAGGAGAGUGUCCCCUGCCAAUAUGACGACGUUGUUUUUAAAGACCUCUCAUCCUUCAGUGUGGACACCAGCUCCAGUCAGUCUACCAUCCCUGUCAAAUCUGUGUCUGUGUUGGGGAAGAUGUUUGACAGCACAUCUGAGUUCUCCCAGUAUCUCAGCUCACGCUCGGGCCGACUGCAGUUUCACGGAUCGUCUGCUGUCACUGUUGGACACGCAGGCUGUGGGGAUCCUUCUGGCUGUGAAUGCGGGAACUCUGUGAACAAUCAGGAGAUCUGUGGCACAGUAACAUGUGAGUCUGUGAGCUGCAAGAAGCCUCUCCUCCCCGUAGGACAUUGCUGUGAGGUGUGUGGUGCCAUCAUUACCAUCAAAUAUGACACAGGUUUCAACCUGCAGACUUACAGAGAACGAAUCCGUCAGCUCUUUCUUGUCCAACCACAAUAUAAAUCCAGCCAGCUGGGCAUGUCUAAAGUGUUUAAUUCACAACGGUUGAUGGAGGUCAUUCCAUUUGGUUCUACACCUGAGAUCCAAGUAGUUAUUCUGGAUCAAGAGAAGGGAGCACAGGCAGAGACUCUGGCCCAGGACAUAAUAAAUGAUGCUCGUUCUCAUGGUACUACCAUUGGAAUUGUGGAGGCUGAAUUUCAAGCCUCCUCUGGGAGCAGCGGCAAUCAGUCUGGGAGCAGUGCAGGGAUGGUGGUUGGAAUUGUGUUUGGAGUUUUAAUUAUUAUUGCUUUUGCUGUUGUCAUGGUUGUCCUUAUUCGUAAGGGGGUUGUUAAAAAGCCAAGAAUACCUUCAAUGCCAUCUCUGAGCAGUACAAAGAAAAACAAUGAUUUAGCCCUUGGUGACCCUCUUGACCAUGGGUUUGACAACCCCAUGUUUGACAAGCCCAGCAUGCUGCCAGAUAUUCCUGAUCUAUAUUCAACAAAUAAUUCACUCUAUUUGACUCAGACAGGUGUGCACUUUGUAAAUCCAGUUUAUGAUGACAGUGAAACAGGUUUUAAUGCUUGAAGUUAAUCUUAGUGUAUGUUAAGGAUUACAAUGUUGAAGCAUUUUUGCAUUAUCAUGAUGAUUUCACAGUGCAUGCAUCAUACACAAUAUAUUUUUAUAAGUAAGCAAU